AUGGCAUCGAUACCAGUUAUCGUGAAGCAUCAAGGGAAGAAGUACAAUGUCGAACUGGAUCCCUCGUCCGUCGGCGAAGUCUUCAAGUUCCAGCUGUAUUCUUUGACGGGCGUAGAGCCAGACCGACAAAAGAUUCUGGUGAAAGGUGGCCAGCUUAAGGAUGACACAGAUCUUUCCAAGUUGGGCGCGAAGCCUGGACAAACUUUCAUGAUGAUGGGAACACCGGCUGAAGGUGGUGGCGAACUCAGCCGACCGAAGGAUGCUAUCAAGUUUGUGGAGGACAUGACAGAAGCAGAAGCCGCUCAACAAGUUGGAGCUACGCCUGCAGGCCUGCAGAACCUAGGAAAUACUUGCUACCUGAACUCGACUCUCCAGACCCUGCGAUCCAUCCCCGAACUUCAAGACCAGCUAUCGACGUACACGCCAGCCCCGCCUGCUCCUGGCCCCCAAGGUAAUACCCUCGGAGAUCUGAGCAUGUUUGGCCUCAGUGGCCUGGGAGCUUCCAUGGAUCUCACGGCUUCAUUACGCGAUCUUUACAAGCAGAUGUCUCAGACCCAAGAGGGUUUCCCACCUCUCGUUUUCCUCAAUGCCCUCCGAACGGCCUUUCCCCAAUUCGCCGAGAAGGCAAAAUCUGGCCACGGUUACGCACAGCAAGAUGCGGAGGAGGCAUGGUCGCAAAUCGUCGCACACCUGCGCCAAAAGUUAAAGAUCAAGGACUCCUCCAGCUCCUCCGAGGGAGAACCUAAGGAGGUUCCCUUCGUUGAUAAAUACUUGACUGGAACUUUUAAAUCAACAACUGAAUGUGAUGAACAAGCCGCGAGGGAUGCUGGCGAGGAACCCACGACGAGUGAGGAUGUGUUUCUGAAGCUAGAUUGCCAUAUCAGCGGUUCGACCAACCACUUGAGAGACGGCAUAUUGGCUGGUUUGUCAGAGCAGAUUGAGAAGACAUCCCCAACAUUGGGUCGCGAUGCAGUAUACACGAAGAAAUCACGCAUCUCACGGUUGCCAAAAUAUCUCACAGUACACUUUGUACGAUUCUUCUGGAAGCGCGAGGCCCAGAAGAAAGCCAAAAUUAUGCGCAAGGUCACAUUCCCACACGAAUUGGACGUCGUUGAGUUCUGCACGGAUGAACUGAGAAAGAUGUUGAUCCCAGUCCGAGACAAGGUUCGUGAGGUCCGAAAGGACGAGGAAGAUGUCGAGCGAGCCCGCAAGCGCCAGAAGCGUAUUCACGACAAGCAGGUGGCUGACGAAGCUGCCGGAAUUGUCGACUCAGUAUCUGAAUCGAAGAAGGCCGAUGAGAAGAAAGAAGCAGCCGACAAAAAAAAGAAGGAUGGCAAGGCAAGUGGAAGCGGCGGAGAUACCGAGAUGGAGGACGUCGUCUACAAGACUGACGCUGAGGUUGACGCUGAGCGGGCCGCUGCUAUUCUAGAAGCUAAGAAGGAGCUACAUGCUUUGAUCAACCCCCACCUCCUGAAUGAUGAGGGCGCCAACAAGUCUGGUCUCUACGAGCUCCGCGGUCUCGUCACUCAUCAGGGUGCCAGCGCCGACAGCGGACACUAUACGUCCUAUGUCAAGAAACAAGGUCCACUUGAUCCAAAGACCGGCAAGAGGGGCGAGGAAGAUGGCAAUUGGUGGUGGUUCAACGACGACAAGGUCUCAGAGGUUGAGGCAGACAAGAUCAACACGCUAAGUGGAGGUGGCGAGUCGCACUCAGCGCUCAUCUUGCUUUACCGUGCUAUUGCUCUGCCAACUGCUGAGGGUAUUGAUGAGUGA